AUGGAUGCACAGCAACACUUCCAAGUCCACCGUAUUUGUAAACUGUCAGGGAGGCCUCUUCGUCCAGUCCCAACACGUAGUAGGCAGCGGCUGUCCGCUCAAUCCGUUCUCGAAGAAUUGGUGGAGGAAUCUUCCGGAGUCGACGGACUUGUUAACUUUGUGAGGAGGAAAAAAGUGAAUGUGUGCAGGCGGUCUGCUCGAGUUAAUGAAAAGGUAAUAGACUAUCUGCCAACAGGCUUCAGUGCAGGGGUGCAGGGGACAGGAGUAACAACUGGAGGCCACUCACCACUCACUGAGGAACAGGGUGUGUACCGAGCCUACCUGAGUACCGUGGCUACAUUCUGGGGACCCUUUGUUGCCCACGGUCGACAUAUUGUCCUGUCAGUUUGUUUAUCUGGAGUGAGGUGUACCUGGUCCAGGUUAGUAAAAACACCAGAGCAUUGGUGGGCGGGCCCCCGAGGACAUGGCUGUACGGAAGCUGGAAUUCAUGACAUCCAUGAUUGUAAAUUUGUUCCAAAUGGCUCUCCCAGAUGAUUUUCGUCUCAACAAUCAACAAUACUACAUCCCAAGGCGUUCUUAAACCUACCUCGUCGAUGUCUCUUCUCCCGCGCUCGUUUCCCAGAAGGCUAUUGCAGCUCUAAUGAUGAAACGACACUCGCCGAUCCGUCAAUCGUGACGUCCUAG